UCCCACUUUCCGACUCUAACUCACCUUCCCUUUCCUCUCUCUGCCUAUAUCCCCCAUUUUCAAUACCCAAUUACCAUGAUCUCCAUUGCUGAUCAUCCCGUUGAGCUUGAAUCCCCUAAGCCUGACCAACUCUCCCCUGAAACCCCCGCUGAUCACAUUUUCAGGUCUAAAUUGCCUGAUAUUCCUAUCUCAAACCACCUCCCUCUCCACACUUACUGCUUUGAAAAUCUCCCCUCUCUCUCCGAUAAACCAUGUUUGAUCUCCGGCUCUUCUGGGAAAAUCUAUUCCUUCAGCGAAACUCAUUUGAUUGCGCAAAAGACAGCCGCUGGUCUAUCCAACUUAGGCAUUCAAAAGGGAGAUGCCAUCAUGAUUCUCCUCCACAACUGUGCCGAAUUCGUCUUCGCCUUCAUGGGAGCUUCCAUGAUAGGAGCCGUUUCUACCACCGCCAACCCGUUUUACACCUCCAAAGAAAUCUUCAAGCAAUUCAAAGCUGCUCGAGCCAAACUCAUCAUCACUCAAUCCCAAUACGUUGACAAGCUUAAAGACACCAAUAACAACAACGACGGCGACGAAAACUUCCCCAAAAUAGGUGAAGAUUUCAAGGUGAUCACCAUCGACGACCCCCCAGAAAACUGUUUAGAUUUCAGUAUGUUAUCAGAGGCAAAUGAGAAUGAGAUCCCUCAAGUUACCAUUCACCCCGAUGACCCUGUUGCUUUGCCCUUCUCUUCGGGAACAACAGGGUUACCCAAAGGAGUCGUUUUAACGCACAAAAGCUUGAUCACAAGCGUCGCUCAGCAAGUAGAUGGAGAGAACCCAAAUCUUUAUUUGACACAUGACGAUGUUGUCUUGUGUGUUUUGCCUUUAUUCCACAUUUACUCACUCAACAGCGUGCUCUUGUGUUCCUUGAGGGCUGGAGCUGCGGUUCUGUUAAUGCAGAAGUUUGAGAUAGGGACGUUAUUGGAGCUGAUACAGAGGCAUAAAGUUUCGGUGGCUGCGGUGGUGCCGCCGUUGGUGGUGUUGUUGGCUAAGAAUCCUGUGGUCGCCCAGUUUGAUUUAAGCUCAAUCAGGGUGGUGCUUUCAGGGGCCGCCCCGCUCGGAAAAGAGCUCGAAGACGCUCUCAGGGGAAGGGUUCCUCAAGCCGUUUUGGGUCAGGGAUAUGGAAUGACAGAGGCAGGACCAGUUCUAUCAAUGUGCCUGGGAUUUGCGAAGCAGCCCUUUCCUACAAAGUCAGGUUCAUGUGGGACAGUGGUUAGGAAUGCAGAGCUUAAGGUCAUUGACCCUGAAACUGGCUGCUCCCUUGGCUACAAUCAACCUGGCGAGAUUUGCAUUCGUGGAUCUCAAAUCAUGAAAGGUUACUUGAACGAUGGUGUCGCCACAGCAGCUACCAUAGAUGUGGAGGGUUGGCUUCAUACAGGUGAUAUAGGUUACGUGGAUGAAGAUGAUGAGAUUUUCAUUGUUGAUAGAGUAAAGGAAAUCAUCAAAUUCAAAGGCUUUCAAGUGCCACCAGCUGAGCUUGAGUCCCUCCUUAUAAGCCAUCCAUCAAUUGCAGAUGCAGCUGUAGUUCCGCAAAAAGAUGAAGUUGCUGGUGAAGUUCCGGUUGCAUUUGUGGUUCGAUCAAAUGGUUUUGAACUCACUGAAGAAGCUGUCAAGGAAUUCAUUGCUAAACAGGUGGUUUACUACAAGAGAUUGCAUAAGGUGCACUUUGUUCAUGCAAUUCCUAAGUCUCCUUCAGGAAAGAUUUUGAGAAAAGAUCUGAGAGCCAAGCUGGCUGCUGCAGCACCUACUACCCACAUUCCAUGAAAAUUUCUUCUAUAAUCUAUUUGGCUUUUAAAUUGCAACGCCUUUUGCUGAUUUUGCUUUAACUUAGGCUUUUAAUGUUUCGAACUCAAGAGUUCCUGAAAAGAAAAAAUCAGUAUGGCGAUGAUCCUAUGUCAUAUUUAAGUUUGUUCUCUUUUUCUCAUAUUAAGUGGUCAUGCUUGUAAGUUGUAAUGCAAUUUGUUUCGUCGUUUUGUUGUAAUAAGAGGGAAAUCAGAGCCAAUGAUUUCGCUCAACCUAUAUGAUUUGGAAAUAGGUUUAGAUAGACAUCAAUUCUAUGUUCCAACUUGUAAUGUUCUCUCCUCUAUUGGAAAAGAGAAAUGAUUCUUUGAA